AUUAUGUUUUGAUAUUUUGGACAGCUUAAAGUUUUAACAAAAUGGGUAAGACGAAAGAUAUAAGUUCAGACGAAGAUAUAACUUUAGAAACUAAUGAAGUAUCUCCACAAAAACGGCACAAGAAACAUAAACAUAAAAAACACAAAAAAAAGAAAGCUACUCAUGAUGAUAAUGAUGGCUUUAAUGAUGUUGCUGUUGAAACAGAAAAAAAGAAAACAUUUAGAGUUAAGAUAAAAAAAGAUGAUGAUAAAAGUUUAGAGAAACCUCGUGAAAAAAUACAAAAAACAUCUAAUUUUAGCAUUGCUGGAGCAAGUACUGCACCAUCACCAAAAGCUACAACGAAAAAAAAGGUUCCAAAAAGUAAUAAAGGUAAAGAUAGUGGUACUAGUAGUGAAGAAGAACGAUGGCUUGAUGCAAUUGAGUCUGGAAAACUUGAAGAAGUUGAUGAUGAACUGAAGAAAAUCAAACCAAAAGAUCCAAAAUUAAUGACAGCUCGUCAAAGAGCUAUGUUCGAAAGAAAAACUGAUACAGAACCAAAUCCAGCUGUUGAACAACUUAUGUCUUUACCAACUGGAUAUAAGGAAAAAGUUAUGACAGCAGAAGCCAUACAAAAAGCUGCUCUUAAAUCAUUAAAAAGAAAACAGCUUGCUGAUGAAAAAAGGGAGAAAGAUAAGAAAAAAACAAUGGAAAGGUUAUUAAAAAAGCAAGAAUCUAAAGCCUCUAAAGUUAUUAGUAAAGGGAAACCUUCUAGAAGACAAGUUCCUCUAGUUACAUAUCGUUUAACACUUGAAGGAAGUUCAAUAUCUUUACCACCUGGAGAAGACUUUCCAUUGCAACCUACAAAAAAGAAAGAACCACCAAUUCAAAUUCUUUGUGGUGUAAAUCAAUGUAAAAAUCCCAAAAAGUAUUUAUGUUCAAAAACUGGAGUACCUUUGUGCAGUUUAGAAUGUUAUAAAGCUAAUUUAUGUAUAUCUACAUAA